UGACCGUGUUGCAGAGCUGUAGGUCAGGGAGGUUGAAUGACUGUUUGGUGUCAGAGGGGUUUCUGCAUGGAAGAGAUACUAUGGCAGGAGCUCUGCACAUCACUCUGUUCUUAUUUCUGCAUUGUGGAUCAUUUAUCCUCAUUUCAGCCAGAACUGCUAAUGACACGACUACAGUGACAUCCACCAUGGAUUCAGAUCCAGCUUUCCCUACAACUGAGAGCCUUUCUCCUGCAGGGAAAACAAACGUAACCGAGGUUCCCACCACAAGACUCCCAGCUUCACAGUCAACGGCUAAACCUCCCAAAAGCACUCCAACUACUAAACAUCUGACUGAAGACACUGGUAAGACAGCGGAGACAGCAGUGUCCAGAAAAGAGACAAAAGAAGAAGAAGAAGAAGAAGAAGGUCCUUUGGAAUUAGAAUGUCCUCCACUGGGUCUGGAGUCACUGAAGGUAAAAGACAACCAGCUGAGAGCGUCAUCCUAUAAGCGUAGAGGCCUGGGCCCUCACCGCGGCCGACUCAACAUCCAGUCUGGAGUAGACGACGGUGAUAUCUACGAUGGAGGCUGGUGUGCUCAGUACAGAGACAAGAUGCAGUGGCUGGAGGUCGACGCUCUGCGACUGACUCGCUUCAUCGGUGUCAUCCUGCAGGGUCGCAGCUCCAUCUGGAGUUGGAACGUGGUGCAUACCUACAAGGUGCAGUUCAGUAACGACUCGCUGGUCUGGAAGCCGUGCAUGAACGGGACCGAAGAGGCUGUAUUUGAAGGAAACCAGGACACAGAGACACCUGUCCUCGCUCUUUUCAGCACUUCCACGGUGGCCCGUUACAUCCGGAUCAACCCACAGACCUGGUACCAGAACGGGACGCAGGGUGACAUCUGUCUGAGAGCUGAGGUGUUGGGCUGCACACUCCCAGAUCCAAAUAAUAUCUACGCAUGGCAGACACAGCCAACAGAGUCUAAAGACAAGCUGGACUUCAGACACCACAACUACAAGGAGAUGAGAAAGUUGAUGAAGUCGGUGAACGAGGCGUGUCCUGACAUCACUCGCAUCUACAGCAUCGGGAAGAGUUACACAGGUCUGAAGCUCUACGUCAUGGAAAUCUCUGACAACCCGGGAAAACACGAGCUGGGAGAACCAGAGUUCCGUUACGUUGCAGGGAUGCAUGGGAAUGAAGUGCUGGGCCGAGAGCUUCUGCUCAAUCUCAUGCAGUACAUGUGCCAAGAGUACAAGCAGGGCGACCAGCGCAUCGUCCACCUGGUCACAGAGACUCGCAUCCACCUUCUGCCCUCCAUGAACCCCGAUGGAUAUGAGAUGGCCUUUAAAAAGGGCUCAGAACUGGCAGGUUGGGGCUUUGGUCGUUACAGCUAUGAAGGUAUCGACAUGAACCACAAUUUUGCUGACCUAAACUCAGGGAUGUGGUCCGCCAUCGAGCUGGCGACAGACCAGUCCAAACUCAUCAACCACUACUUCCCCAUCCCUGAGCAAUACACCUCUGAGGAGGCCUUUGUGGCGUCAGAGACCCGAGCUGUCAUCAACUGGAUGCAGAACAUCCCAUUUGUUCUUAGCGCUAACCUCCAUGGCGGGGAGCUGGUGGUCGUCUACCCGUUUGACAUGACCCGGGACUGGGCACCUCACGAGCACACGCCCACCGCUGAUGAGAGCUUCUUCCGCUGGUUGGCCACAGUGUACGCCAGCACCAAUCAGGUGAUGUCCAACCCGGACCGGCGGCCCUGCCACAACAAGGACUUCAUUAGAUACAACAACAUCAUCAAUGGAGCCGCAUGGCACAACGUACCAGGAAGUAUGAAUGAUUUCAGCUACCUGCACACCAACUGUUUCGAGGUGACGGUGGAGUUGUCCUGUGAUAAAUUCCCUCACGCCAGUGAGCUUCCCAUCGAGUGGGAGAACAACAGAGAAUCUCUGCUGGUUUACAUGGAGCAGGUCCACCGUGGAAUAAAGGGGGUGGUGCGAGACAAAGACACAGAGGCUGGCAUAGCAGAUGCCAUCAUUAAAGUCGAUGACAUCGAUCAUCAUAUCAGAUCAGUUACUGAUGGAGACUACUGGCGGCUGCUGAAUCCCGGUGAGUACCAGGUGACGGUCAGCGCAGAGGGCUACUUCCCCUCCUCCCGCACCUGCCAGGUCAUGUACGACCACUACCCGACAAUCUGCGACUUCCGCCUCACCAAGAUGCCCAAACAGAGGCUAAAAGACAUUCUGGCGAGGGGAGGGAAACUCCCCAAGGACCUGCAGCUCCGGCUGCGACAGCUACGCCUGCGCAAGCUCCGCGCCACCACCAGGGCCAUCAACCAGAGGCGCAUCGCUGACGCAGCCAAACGGGCAAAGAGGAUGUGAUGAUUGAAGAUAAUAUCAGAACAAAGCUGGACUUGGUUCAGUUCACUUUGGGUUCAGAGACACCCAUCUUCACUGGAUUCAUGUCACUUUAUGAGUUAAAAAGAAAUUGCCGUUAUCAAAGACAAAACAGCUGGGGACCUUGCUUCUUUUUCAGCAACAUGCAGUUUUACUCCUGAGAAAUUAUGUUUCAUCUUCUGCUGUAGAGCAGCAGAACAACUGAGGGAACAGUUCCUCGC